AUGUCCUUUGGAAUGACUGAGCGGCAUCAUGUGCGUGCCAGUGACUCCAAGAUCGACGCCAAGGCUGAGGAGAAAAAGACCGUGCAGCAUGGCACUGAGGAGUCUACGCCAAGCAACGAUGACUACAACCUUUCAUCUUCGCCUAUCAUUGAGCUGGACCGCAAGGACCUGUUGAUCGUCAAGGAUGGCACCGUACGCGUUGCCGAGUCUCUGGAGCGCGAGCAGCUGGAUGCUAACGGAGAAGUUGUCAAGGCAUCGGGUACUUGGACUAAGGCUGAACAUGAUCGCUUCAUGCGCGCAAUGGAGACUUUCCCUAAGGGUCCAUGGAAGGCCGUCGCCGAGAUGGUGGCUACUCGGACAGUGCGUCAAACUCAGACACACGCGCAAAAGUACCGGGAGAAGCUAGCUCGCCGCAUGCGCGGUCUCCGUAAUCGAAACGGUACUCUACAGACCGCACCUAUGGCAGGAAUGACAGGCUACUCCCGGCGCGUUAUUUCUCCCUACGCAAAUAUGCAUGGACCUGUUUAUCUAGAUGCAUCUCACGGUGCUAAGACAGGCUAUACUUCUUCAUCGAUGUCACUUGCACGAACUACUUCACUUCCAGCCAUGCCUCUGCACAGUCUACCCGUUCAUCACAACCACACGCCGUACGUUGUUUCCACGGCGGUACCAGUAUCAAUUGAUCUCAUGGAUUUUGAAUUCAGUCAGCCAAGUACGUCAACAAGUAUGAGUGCUCUCAAUGAAGCCGCUUCCUAUCUGUCAUCUUGGAACGUGACUGACGUGACUGACGUGGCCGAAACGAAGCAGAUCGUUCCAGACUUUGACGAGUCCAUGGAUUUCCUCAUGAAUGUGUAUUCGACUAACCCGAGUCAGAUCAAUAUGGUGGUACCAUUGCAAUCCACUGAAAUGACCGUGACACCAACCGCUUGUAUCCCACGGACUCCACAUACACCAAUGUCAUCCAUAGCGUUAAAACGACAUCCAGGAUACGGAUCGCUUCAACAACAGAAAAACCAUGACAAGGAGCAUUUUACUACCGUAGACAACCACAACAACAACCACAACUAUCAAGGUGAAGAAGACGUGAACAGGUUGUAA